UGAUAGCCUUCUAACUUCACUUAUGGCAUUUCCAAUCAUCAUCUGUUUCUACUUUUUCUUUCUUUCUCCCUUCCAUUCUUCUGCUCUCAACCCCCCAUUGUGUAAUCUUCAUGACUCCUUUAUGCUUCUAGAAUUCAAAAACUCUUUCUCUCUUAACCAUUCGGCUUCAACAAGGUGUGAUGAAUUUUAUGAUGACUUCUCCUUUACCCCUCAGAUUAAGAACUCAUCUUACCCAAAGACAGCUUUAUGGGGAAAUGAUUCGAAUUGUUGCUCGUGGGAUGGGAUCACAUGCGACUCCAUAUCAGGCCAUGUGAUUGGCCUUGAUCUUAUUUGUAGUUGGCUCCAAGGUCAACUCCAUCCUAACAAUAGCCUCUUCCAACUUUCUCAUCUCCAAACACUCAACUUGGCUUACAAUGAUUUUAGUGGGUCGUUGAUAUCAUCUCAAUUUGGUGAUCUUUCUGCUCUCAUGCAUCUAAACUUAAGCUAUUCUGGUUUUGUGGGUGAAAUUCCUCCUAAAAUUGCAGAAUUGUCUAAAUUGGUCUCUCUUGAUUUGUCUUGGAAUGAAUUUUUCUUAGAUGAAUGGUCAAGUUUAAGACUAGAACCAUCCACCUGGGAGAAGCUCAUUCUAAACAUGACUAGUCUACGAGAACUUGUUUUAGAUGAUGUAAAUAUGUCUUCCAUUGCACCAAGAUCCCUGUCUUUGCUCAUGAAUUUGUCAUCCUCAUUGGUCUCUCUUAGACUUUCUCGUACUACGUUGCAGGGGAAUGUUACAAGUGACAUUUUCUGCUUAGAAAGCCUUCAACAACUAGAUUUGUCACAUAACACUAAUCUCAACAGUCAACUUCCAAAGUCCAAUUGGAGCUCUGCUAUAUCACUUUUGGAUCUCAGUGACACAGCUUUCUCAGGAGAAUUGCCUGAUUCUAUUGGGCACUUGAAAAAUAUGAAUCAUUUGAAUCUACGCUUCUGUCAUUUUGAAGGGCGAAUUCCUCUUGGUUUGAGCAAUCUCACUCAGCUGACUUAUUUGAACCUUGCUUUCAACAAUUUUAGUGGUGAGAUCUUAUUCUUUUCAAAGCUAGAACAUCUCACAUCCCUAAACCUUGAGGGAAAUAAAUUUUUUGGUGAAAUCCAGUUCAAAAUCUCAAGAUUGUCUAAAUUGGUCUCACUUAACUUGGGUUUCAAUUAUGACAUGAAAGGGAGUUCAUUACUAAGACUUGAACCAUCUACUUGGGAAAAGCUGAUUCUAAAUGCAACUAAUUUAAGAGUGCUUGGUUUAGGUUAUGUGAACAUGUCCUCUGUUACCCCAAACUCCUUUUCUUUACUUAGGAAUUUGUCGUCUUCUUUGAUCUCUCUUUCACUUGCUGAAAAUUCUUUGCAAGGUAAUAUAACAGACGCCAUUUUGUAUUUAGAAAAUCUUCAAUUUCUAACUUUGGUAGGGAAUAUUCAGGUUCAACUUCCAAAGCUCAACUGGAGCUCUCCUUUAGUGGAGUUGAUUCUAUAUGACAUACCUUUCUCCGGAGAAGUACCAGAUUCUAUAGGCCAUUUGAAGUCUCUUGAAAUGUUAUAUCUUAUAAAUUGUCAAUUUGAAGGGCCUAUUCCUCAAAGUUUCAAGAAUCUCACUCAACUGACAUCUUUGGACCUUUCCUCCAACAAAUUUAGUGGUGGGGUCUCAUCUCUUUCAACACUUGUAAAUCUCAUUGACUUAUCUCUUUCCAAUAAUAGUUUUAGUGGUCAAAUCCCAUUAUCACUUUCAAACUUUGAAUAUCUCUACAGCUUAGAUCUUUCAAUGAAUAAUUUUAGUGGUGAAAUACCGGAUGUAUUUGGAAACCUUAGUCACUUAUAUUAUUUGACACUAAACAAUAAUAAUUUCAGUGGUCAAGUCCCUUCAUCCCUUUUAAAUACAAGUGUCACAUUUCUUGAUCUUAGCUCCAACAUGUUGCAUGGAAGCCUCCCGAAUCCAUUCUUUGAGGCAAAUUAUUUUUCAGUCUCAAAUAAUAAAUUCAGUGGGAAUAUCUCCUUUCUCUUUUGUAAUGUAAGCUCACUUGAGAUACUCAACUUGUCUCACAAUAUCUUGUCAGGACCUAUUCCACAAUGCCUUGUUGGUCUUCCCAAUCUCUUAGUUCUAGACCUACAAAUGAAUGGUUUUUCUGGAACUUUACCAUACAAUUUUUCCAAGAGUAAUGUCUUGCAAACUUUGCAUUUCAAUAGCAAUCGGUUCAAGGGAUCAUUGCCUCUAUCUUUGGCUCAUUGUACUCAACUAGAAAUUUUUGAUGUUGGACACAAUGAGAUCAAGGAUACCUUUCCUAUUUGGCUUGAUGCUUUGCCAGAGUUACAAGUGCUUGUUUUAAGAGAGAAUAAGUUUUAUGGGGCCAUUUCUAGUUCUAAGACCAAGCAUCCAUUUACCAAGUUAAGGAUUUUUGACAUUUCCAACAACCAUUUUAAUGGAUCUUUGCCAGCAACAUACAUCAAGCAGUUUGAAGGAAUGAUGAAAACAGAUUUUGUUGAAGGAGGUUCACAAUAUAUGGGAAGUAAAAAUUAUUCAAGAUAUAAGGAGUCAGUGAUGAUCACAUGGAAAGGUUAUAUCAUAGAGUUGAAAAGGAUAUUGACAAUAUUCACCACUAUUGACUUGUCAAAUAAUAGAUUUGAUGGGGAGAUUCCAAAAGCCAUCGGAGAGCUACAUGCACUGAUAGGGCUUAAUCUUUCACACAAUAGAAUCUCUAGUUCUAUUCCAAGAUCAAUUGGAAAAUUGACAAGUUUAGAAUGGUUGGAUCUAUCAUGCAACAAGCUUAAGGGUGAGAUUCCUCAAACUUUGACGAAUCUCAACUUUCUUGCUAUUCUGAACCUUUCACAAAAUCAGCUUGAGGGGAUGAUACCAAGAGGUGAACAAUUUAAUACAUUCGAAAGAGAUUCAUAUGAGGGGAAUUCAAGAUUGUGCGGUAUUCCAUUGUUAAAAUCUUGCAAUAAGGAUGAAGGAGAAUCACCAACACCAAUCUUUGAUGUUGAUGAGAAAUUUGGAUUUGGUUGGAAACCAGUAGCCUGGGGAUAUGGAUGUGGAAUGGUAUUUGGAAUCUUCAUGGGGUAUGUUAUGUUCUCAAUUGGGAAACCUCAAUGGCUUGUAAGGACUUUUGGAGGUCAAUUCAAGAAACAGGCCAAAAGGAUGAGAAAUAGAGGUCGGGCAAAUUGAAGAAUGAAUCACCUG